AUGGAUCCCCGAUCGCACCCUUCGCGACCUCCAUCCACCACCCUGCCUCAGGGCUCCACGCCACUCUCGGGAACUCCAAUCUCGAGUAUGCCUAGUAUGCCUCAGUACUCGAUGCAGCAGCAAUACUCGGUGUCACAGCCUCACACGCUGCCUCCUCUUCAGCCUCAUCAUUCUCAGUCGCCCUCAAACCACCCCUACAUGGCUCAGGGUCCUUACCGCCCAGACUUGUCUCGGUAUCCCGCGUCCUCACACGACAUGUACGGGGGCUCUUCAGCUCCUAUCAUGUCGCAUGGUGCCGGUCAGCCGCCGUCCUUCUUGUCGCAUCCUAAUCAUACACAGGCCCACCCCUCACAGUACCCUCCCCCUCCCAAUGGUCUGCCUCCUACCUCGAGCGCUCAGAGCUACCCGCAACCCAUCGCCCCUGCUCCUCCGCGUGACCGUCGCGACUUCAACGGCAUGCCCUCCGGCGCCUUCAGCUACUCUGAUGGCAAGCAAUGGGGCAUGACUCCCGAAGUAAAUGGCGGCAAUUCCCCCUAUGGAGCGAAGGAACCCCCCAGGACACAGGUUGUGGGUUCUCAGGGUCGUCGUGGUAUUCUGCCGAGCGUUCCGGGCCGCGCAACUCCGGUCACCAACGGCGUCAAUGGUUCCGCAAAGAACACUACCAUUCCGGCCAAGGACGCCGAUGGUAAAUUUCCUUGCCCGCAUUGUAACAAGACUUACCUGCACGCGAAGCACUUGAAGCGUCACCUUUUGAGACACACCGGUGAUCGCCCCUACAUGUGCGUUCUCUGCAAGGAUACCUUCUCUCGCAGUGAUAUCUUGAAGCGUCACUUCCAAAAGUGUUCCAUUCGACGGGGCAACCCCACCGGCGCGACCCACUUGUCGCACCCUCAAGCCCAUCUCAAGCGUUCACAACAGGCGGCUGCGGCUGCGGCUGCGGCGAACCCCGCCAAGCCUAUUCAGGAUGAAGUCAGUAAUCCCGUUCCAUCUCCUCAUGGUGUUAUGGUUGGGCAGUAUGAUGGCAAUGGUAUGAACGCUGGCCGCCAGGCCUACGAUCAACAGCACAUGGGGUUCAAUAUGUCCCCGGCCAACGGUUUGCCCCGUGGUCCGGGUGACAACGCGUACGCCGAUCCGUCCGCGCGAGCCUCAUGGAUGGCCAAGCAGAAUCCAUACCUCAUGCAGCCCGGUACCGAUGUCCAUGGUCAGCAACUGAGUGUUGAUCGUUCUAUUGAACAGGUAAAGCCCCUUGUCGCCGACCCAAAGAUGACCGGCAUGCCCGGUCCCCACCCGAACCAGCAUGUUGACUGGACGAUGUAUCACCAGCAUGGCCCCAACGACGGCUACAUGACCCCUGUCUUUCCCCACUCCAUGGCAUCCGGCCAAGAGUCGAUCCACGCCCCCGUCGACGCCGAUCGCAAGUUCUACCCCGCCACGACUGCUGGCGGCCCCGAGAGCGGUAUGAAUGGACUGUACCUGGCUUCGACUACGUUGAGCGGUGAUGGUACCGUCCAGCCCGCUCGCCAGUAA